GAGAAGGAAGGGCUGCAGUCUUUCAGCAACAGAGUUUAGGCUGUGUCUUUGCUUCAUCAUCUGAGGAGAAAUCCCCAGAUAAGUCACAAGGCUUUCUGAGAAAAAAAUCCCCAAAACAUUACAGGCUGCUCAUCGUUUUGUGUGAGAAUUAGUUACCAUGAUGCGAUGGGAAAGAUAUGGCUGUUUGUUUAUAUCAGAUGUUCCUGUUCACGAUGGGAAUGUGUCGAAUAGACAGGGCUAAACAAGGUCAGUGACUUAAAAAGUGCCUUUGCCAAGUCACUUUUACGAGUGAGGACUGCUACGCCCGUAUUCUCCAUCUUUGCCAGCCAGACAUUGCCUUCACCUUACACCUGGCAGAAGAUAUCUCAGCUGUCUCCAUUUGCCAAUUGAUGGAAAACUGAAAGCAGAAAAAGGAUUAUUAUUAUUAUUCCUGGGACAUGAACAAAUGACUGCAUUGCUUUUCUCGUGUAAUCAAUAUCAUCAAGCAACCAUCAGAGGACUGCUAUUCUAUCAAGGAGUGCCAUUGCAUUGAUGGACCUUGGCUUAAAACCGGUGCAUCCGUGAUUACAAUCAACAAACUCACGUGUUUUACAGACAGAAAUGCGACUGAGCAUGUGUUUUCCCAGCCAAAAGUCUACAAGCGGGACUUAAUGAUUGAUGAGUGACUGCUUGCUGAUAAACUUUCUCUGCUUGUUCUGCUUUGUGUGUGUUGGACGUCGUUAAUCGUCCCCCACUGUUUGUUUUUUUAACUUUCUUUUCAAUUAGAAUUGAAGUUAUCUUUUUCUGACUCCCCCUCCCCCCCUUUUCCUUUGUCAUUAGUUUUGGAAAUUUCUUCGGCAUAAUUCAUCUGACAGCAACUUACAAGUUCAAAAUCAGCUUCUCAUCAUGGCUUUGAAUGUUGCUCCUGUAAGAGAUACAAAAUGGCUGACAUUAGAAGUGUGCAGGCAGUUUCAGAGGGGAACUUGUUCACGCUCUGAUGAAGAAUGCAAAUUUGCACACCCCCCUAAGAGUUGCCAGGUUGAAAAUGGAAGAGUUAUUGCCUGCUUUGAUUCCUUAAAGGGUCGUUGUACAAGGGAGAACUGCAAGUACCUUCAUCCACCAACACAUUUAAAAACUCAACUGGAAAUCAAUGGCAGGAACAACUUAAUCCAACAAAAAACUGCAGCAGCAAUGCUCGCCCAGCAAAUGCAGUUCAUGUUUCCGGGGACACCACUACAGCCAGUGCCCACAUUUCCAGUGGGUCCCACAAUAGGAACGAACACGGCUAUUAGCUUUGCUCCUUACCUAACACCAGUAACACCAGGAGUUGGCUUAGUCCCGACUGAGAUCCUACCCACGCCACCUGUCAUUGUUCCUGGAAGUCCACCGGUUUCAGUUCCCAGUUCAACUGCUACCCAGAAACUCCUCAGGACUGAUAAACUGGAGGUGUGCAGGGAGUUCCAGCGGGGGAACUGUGCGCGUGGAGAGACUGAUUGCCGCUUUGCGCAUCCGGCAGACAGCACAAUGAUUGACACAAACGACAACACCGUAACCGUGUGUAUGGAUUACAUAAAAGGUCGUUGCAUGAGGGAGAAAUGCAAGUAUUUUCACCCUCCUGCACAUUUGCAGGCCAAAAUCAAAGCGGCGCAACACCAAGCCAACCAGGCUGCAGUGGCAGCCCAGGCAGCUGCGGCAGCUGCGACUGUGAUGACUCAGUCGACUGCCAAAGCAAUGAAGCGACCUCUCGAAGCAACUGUAGACCUGGCCUUUCCUCCUGGUGUUCUUCACCCUUUACCAAAGAGACAAGCACUUGAAAAAAGCAAUGGUGCCAGUGCCGUUUUCAAUCCCAGUGUCUUGCACUAUCAACAGGCUCUUGCCAAUGCUCAGUUGCAGCAGCAUGCAGCGUUUAUCCCAACAGGGUCAGUUUUGUGCAUGACACCCGCUACCAGUAUUGUACCCAUGAUGCACAACGCUACGGCCGCCACUGUCUCUGCAGCAACAACUCCUGCAACAAGUGUUCCCUUCGCCGCAACAGCCACAGCAAAUCAGAUAAUCCUGAAAUAGCCGGCAGGAGCGGAACGGAGUGUCACGAAGCCUCCCUGCGGACGGCCAAGCACGGCUACUGUACAUACUACCCCGUCUCCUCCUCUCUAGAGUUGCCACAAACUGCAUGCUAAGUCAAGAAUUUGUUCUUAUGGACAAAUCAAAAACUCAAAAAAAGCUAGUGCUGCUAUGUCAUAUAUGAAUAUUAAAUAUGGUAUGCUUACUAUACUCCAACCUAAAAUAGUUAACUACCUGAUACCAGCUGUGAUGUUUCAAGACAUAAAGGAAAACAUUUAGUUUUAAAGAUUUUCUAAGCAUAGUUUAAUUAUUGCAGAUAUUGUCGUUUCUCCAUAACUACACCUAACGAAAAUGGUCCAGAUCAGUUAGUCUCGUGAGAUUCCGUGUUUACGAAUCUUUCGAGCUCAGCAAUAAUUGAGUUGCAUUGGCUAAAAACUUCCCCAGUUGCAGGUUUAAUUUUCACCCAAACUAUGAUUCGGGGUUUUCUUCUCAGUUAAAAUAAAAUCUUGGUUUUGCUCCCGUGGUGAGUUGAUUCCAAGACAGAGGAAGUGAAACGCAGCCCGGUGUCCUGCACAUCAUCCUGCCAAUCUGAUAUUUUUAGCCAGAAGUCCAAAGUAAAGCACAAAGUCUUUAGAUGCACAUGGUUGGUGUUUGACUUGUAUGGAGAAGUUGCAUUUGAAUCAUAGCAGAAUAGCAGAAGAAAAAUUUUAAAAUUUUGCACAGUAUGAGCUUCAUACCCCUUUCAAUCCCCAAAAGAACAAAGUCUUGAGAAUAUUAUUUUACGAGUAUAUUUAUAAUGUUUUUAAAAUAGACUUUGCAGAAGUGCCUAAAUUUUGUCACAUCAGACUUGAUGAAAGCGAGCCUGAUGCCAACAGUCGAAUCUCACCGGACGCGAAUAAUCUUUGAAACUCAUAGUCAGGUUACCAAAAAGAUCCAAGCUGUUAAGAAGUAAUUUCUAGAAGUGUAAAAUCAAACAAAAUGAAACAAAACAAGACCAAACUAACAAAAGAAAAGGCAAAAAAGAAGGCUGUAGAUUAAGAGAUUGUAUGAUACUCUAAUUUAAUUAAAAUUCAGUUGAGUCACUGAAACUUCUUAGGUGACUUUAAUCUAGGCUAUUAACUGAACACUAAGAAUGUAGAAUGAGAUUCAGUUUAAUAAAUCAUUACUGUAUUUGCAUUUUUUUAAAUUGGAUUAUAAGAUUGUAACCAGAUUAGAGUGGAGAAAAAUAGUUCUUUUAAUUGUUUUCCUUUAAAAACAUAUUUUAUGUCACAAAAAUAUGAAGAUAUCUUUAAUACAAUUAUAUACAUGUUAUAUAUACAUACAUACAUAUAUAUGGAUGAAGCAGAUUUUAAUGUUGUUUACUUUUUUAAAUACUUUGUUGAUUUACAAGGUAAUUAUAUAUGUAUAAUUAAAAAAUUCAUUUGUUUGAUUUGAGAUUUGUUUCAAGCACUAUUGUACCAAAUAUUUCAUAUUUCACAUUUUAUAUGUUGCACAUGUAUCACAUAAAUGACAUAGUUUUUAAAUUAUUGUUUAAAAAACAGGACAGCUGUUAUAAGUGGAUAUUAUGUAUAAUUGUUUGCAGCAUUAAGUUUUCUAUGUGGACAUUACUAGUGAUUGCAGUAUUUUAACUUAACUUCUUCAGAUUGAUUGUAAACUAUUUUAAACUUCGGCGGCACUGCCUGUUCUGAAAAACUGAAGGCACUAACCAUAUUAUUAUUUGUCUAGGAAAUUAUUUUCCAGGCUAAAUCUUGUUUGUCCAAUGUCUAAUUACUAUCUAUUUAUAUAUAAAGCUGGAGAUUUGAUCAUCCAAAAGAAAAAAAAAAUAAUCACAAUUCGGUUGUAAAAUUAACAUAGUGCUUGUAACGUUGCGUUAGUUUAAUUUGUGGAAAAAUAACAUAUCUUAACUUGUUACUUUAGCAGUUAAGGUAUCACCAUUAUAUACUAUUAAAACACUAAUAUUUGUAGACUUUCUCAGUCAUUAUAACUAGGUAGUUGACACUGCAACUUGCCUAUAUCUGUCAAAGUUGUUUUUAUUUUUUUAUAAUAGUUAAUUUAGGCAUUUGGGUAGCUUAUUGUAUAAUACUAAAUGGUAAAUUAUCCAUGUUUAAAUAUUUUAUGUAGAUAACUCUUCAAGACAUCAUUUUGUGUGAACUUUUUAUGUUUCAAAAUUACUAUUAUUCUAUGUUUUUUACAAUUAAUCCAAUAUUACUAUUUUUUGCCCAUGGAUGACGAAGCUUCAGAUACAUCAGGUCUUUCAUCCAGAUAAACUGACAGACAAAAAGAGAAAAUGUAUUUUUAAUAGGAGAUCCACUCUCCAACUUUAUGACUUUGUAAUAUUCCUGAAAACUGUACAAGUACAAAACUAUGCUAACAGUAAGGAGGCAAUUACAGAGAUGUGCAAAUACGUGUACAACAGAUUCUGCAUUUUAUUUAUUUAUAAAGUAAUUUUAUAGACUAUUUCAAAAUUUGGGAAGAUCUAAAACUAUUUUUCUGUAUAAAUAUUAUUUGCCAAAACUUUGUUUAUAUUUAAAAAAAAAAAAGUCUAAUGAAAAUGAUUAAAUUUUAAAUGCUUUGUUUAAUUAAAAAAAAUACAACAAGAAAUAUAACCCCCUAAAAGAACCAUGAGAUGGGCCAACACGGAGACAGUGAAUACUGUAGCUGGGACAUGGUUUCAAGCGACUUGAGAUGUCUCAGUGCUUAUUUUCUUUAAAGGAUACAGCACCUCACCAAAAUACUUUAGUUUGCCUCUCUCAUCCAGCAUAAUUGACAACACAUACAAUAAAUAUUUCAGUAACAGUUAAAAGAAACCCCUCCAUUCACUCUUUUCCAGCAUAUAUAAUUACUAGUGGUCUGUUAAAUAGCCAUUCUAUUUCUGUUGUGACGUUAAAUUCAUUCACCCAAUGUACAACCACUGAAAUAAAAAGAAGCAUUUUAAAAUGGGA